AUGGAGCUCCAGUCUCCUGUGGCCGCUAAGAACCUAUGGAACUUCCUGAGGUUGGCCAUUAUCAUGAUGAGGAAGGGCCUCAUAGCUAAGAGGAAGCUCAUCAUGGACAUGAAGCUCGUCAUGGAGAGGGGAAAGGUCCUAGGGAAAUCCUUGGGGAACCUUAUGUUUCACCACCAGCCAAGGAGUCCAUUGCCACAAGGCCCCAACUUUAGCAUGCAUGCGUACGAGUUCUCAUGCACUAAUACCCCCAACCCGAUCUUGUAUGGCAUGAGCUGGAAGCGCAGACACAAUCUUUUCUCUUGCAUCCAUGCCAAUGUUGUCGAGGAACCUGACGAGAUGCCAGGGCCUGUCGCCGUGCUCCCCAUGAUCGAGCGCUCGCCGCAAUGGGCCUACAGUCCGAGCGUUCUAGCCAUCGGCGAGCAGCGCAGCCAAAUGCCGUCGCCCUUCUCGGUUCGGGUCUCAAAUUAUUCAUCAGAGGAUGAGGGUGAUGGGUUCGGACGGGAGGUGGACGACAAGGCCGAGGAGUUCAUCAAGAGGUUCUACGAGCAAUUGAGGUCUCAAAGCCGCAUCGCUAUGCUGCAGUAUGAAGAGAAGUAG